AUGUCGUCUGGUAAAGAGCUUAUCUUCACGCCAAUUAUAGAUUCGUCGAAGCUUCCAAUUCUAGUUCUCAUUACAGGAUAUUGUUAUGGAAGAUUCCCCGCCAAGAGCAUUCCACCAAUUUUGUCAACUUUGGUUGAGCUUAUAGAGGGUGGACGAAAUACUCACUUUAACACUGAUGAUGAUAUUGUUUCCGAAUUCUUUCCUCCUGUGCUGCUCAUUUUGGAAAGGCUCCAACAUUCUAUCAAAUUGUUCUUCAAAAACCAAAACUCAGAAACCGAACAAACCGUAAAGAACUAUAUUUUCCAGGUCCAGAGCUAUCUUUUGGGCGAAAUUUGGGGUAUUCAUGACAUAGAUGAAUUUUAUUCAUUUUUGAAAAGGAGUCAAGCUUUACUGGUUGAACAGGAGUCGUUAAUAUCAGAUUCAGAUACAAAAUGUUUUCAUAACGGUCAGAAGAUGCAGAAGAGAUUGAAGAAGCCACUACAUUCUUCAAGUUUUCUUGGGAAAUUUGUUUCAUCUAUUUCCAUUGCAACAAAUACUCUCAUGUUUGAUGAAACUGUUAGAUUAUGGGAGGCAUUUAUCACUUAUCGCGCAAAGAGUGAGGAAAUAUGGAAUAACAUGAAGAAUGCGAAUAAAAAUUUAACUUCCAACAAAGCGUGGGGAAAUAGAGGAGAAUGUAAUUCUAAAGAUGAAUAUAUACAACAAAAGGUAGAGCAGAACACAAUUGUUGAAUUGGGGGGCACUAGUGUUCAAGAAAUUACGUCUUAUUCGCAAGUGGAUCUAGCCCAGCUACUUGAGUUUCAAGUUCAUAAACUUCAACUUUACUCGGGCACCAUUCCUAAUUCACUUAAAAAAAUUCUUCUCUCUAUGACGGAGUCUCAGAGAGGUACUGUUCCUUCUUCUUAUUACAUAAAGUACUUGGAAUGUUGGAAAAAUGGUGACUAUGAAGGAUCUUUCAGGUCAUUGCAUAGAUACUUUGAUUACAUGAUGUCUAACAAGCAACAACUGUUUUAUCAUUAUGCUCUUCUCUCUCUUGCAACAUUACACUCUUCGUUUGGCUCUGAUGAAGAAGCUUUAAGAGCGAUAGACGAGGCUAUAUCUGUCGCACGCGAAAACAAGGAUUUAAAUUGUCUUAAUUAUUUACUUACUUGGUUGUUUGAUUUUCUGAAAAGCCGUCCGGAACUUUCUUACAAAUUUGUUGAUCAUCCAGGGAGGGAACAAAUCUUACAGUUUCUCAAACUUAAAACAAAGGAAAGUAAGAAUCCCAUUCUGCAAUCGAUGGCUUAUCAGCAUGAGGCUGUAAAGCAGAUGUUGGAAGGAUUUCCUUUGAGGAAAAUUCUUAAUAAUUUGACAAGAGCCUUUUUCAUUCUUUUGAACCUCGACUCUAGUCUCAACACAAAAAUGUCAUUUUGCAGAUCUUGCCAACUUACUGCAACUGUGUGGGCUCGGGUUGGAAUUCAAUCGGUAGCCGAGUUGUACAUUGACACAGCUUUACAAUCUGCUGGAAAAGAUAUAAGCAUAUUUGAUGAAGUAGAAUUGGUACUUCAACGUUCACUUAUAUUGUAUAGUAAAGGAGAUAUUGACGAUGCGUUUGAAUAUUUGAAAUCAUACGAAGAUCGUGUCACUGGAGAGGCGAUUCUUAUGAAAUCGUGGCAAACAAGAUACAUGCUUCUUAAAGCUGAUUUCUGGAUCCGACGCUAUCGGUUUAGACAGGCAGGAGUUCUUCUUGAUAAUUUAAAGUCUCAGAUAUCUCAAAUUCAUGAUUAUGAACUAGGUUGUGAGCUUGAAUUCGAGUGUGCACUUUUUCAAAGUAAAUUGGGAAAUCCUACAGAGGCAACCCAAAUUAUAUUCAAUCAAUUCUCACGUUUAAAAGAGUCAGUGAAUUCAUUCAAUAAUUACUGGAUGAUUAACUUUCAGAUAUUAUAUGCCGAAAUAAUUGCAAAGCAAUCUUCAAGCCCCGAACGUGCCAUAUCUAUUUUAUUAAAUUCCUUAAAUACUGCACACAAGUCUUCCUUAUUAACUCUUAUUUCCAAAGGAUCCCUAGCUUUAUGUGAUGUUUUAUUGAGAAUUGAUCCUGUCAACUCUUCGCAUGAUGUCGAAGAAAUUUUAAGCGAAGGAAUGCCCAUAAUACUUCAGACAGGAGAUCUACAACUAUCUUCGAAAGGAUAUUAUCUAUUAUCCUACACCUUUUUUAUGGCAAAAAAAGAACAUUUGUCUGAUGAUGAGCUACCAAGAAUCGAUGUCUAUCUUUCUAAGUCUCUUCUGGGGUUCAAGAAAUUGCGGGAUCUCGAGUGGAUUCGAAAAUGCUUGCAGCUACAAAAGCGAAUUGCAUUAAAGAAUAAAGAUAAGAAACAACAAGGUGAUAUUUCGAUAAGUAUUGAUCGCGUUGAAGCGGAAAUAGAAUCGGGCGAUCAGUAUGGUCUUUGCUAA